AGAAACUGUAUUAACUAUUUAUUGUAGUUAAGGAAAAUAAAUGUAUAUCCCUCUAUACAAUGAGACAAAAAGACGAUAUAUCUGCAGAGUUUCUGUCACGAAGCUGUGCUUCGUCACCGUUUCACUGCCGCUCUUUGCGUUCAUAACUUGCGUUUUGAUGACUAUGUACAAGGAUUUUCAAAAUGCAAAUAAAACCCACUGUGAUGUGCCGAACGUGUUUCCGUCUAUAUCGGCGUCCAUAGGAAACUACGAGCCGCAAAGCUCGAUCUGGAGAUCGGCUAUUUACGCUCACGCGCCUAUGCGCUUCUUCAUAGUGUACCUCAGGUGGGGGUACUACAGGGACGUUAUAAGCGACAAUCUAGAAAUAGUCAUCAAAUUAGCAGUAUUGUUAAACAUUAUAGAGAAUUUAUCUUUAUUAGGACUGACACACUGGACUUCAUCCCUACAUUACCCAAAGCAUGAAUUCUGCUUCAAAAUGUUCAUUGGGACAUCAGUGUUCUACAUGCUGUUCACAUGCAUGAUGCUGACCAAGUACCGGCGGAAAGCCUCCGUCUCCAGCUCGGAGAUGCGCUCCGUGAAGCUCAAGUGGCGGGCUUUCGUAGUCAACAUUGGCUCUUUUGCCUUCGCUGCAUACUUCUUCCUCCGGCAUAACAGACUGUGCGAGCCUUACGUGUAUUCACUGUUUGGGUUUUCGGAGUACAUAGUAGUGAUCAGCAACAUAAUGUUCCACCUGACUACGGUAUACGACCUCCGAAGGCAGUUCCUGUGCAUAUCUUCUAGAGGAAUCCAUUUGGAAUAAGAUUAGAAAAUAUUUGUUCUCAUGAGCAGAAUAAAUCGAGAAAUAUUAUUCAGCCCUACACCCCAGCAGAGGGUAUCAGGAUUUAAAGAAGUUCUCAUGACAUUUUAAGUUUAAGAAUUGGUGUUCGCCGUUGGCUACAGGUAUGUUGGUAAAAAUUAAUAGGUGAAUACUGCAAACAUAGCCAAACUUACAAUUUUAAAAAAUCUUGUCAGUGUACACAAGGUUUGAUAUUCACAUUUAAUAAACAAUGUAUGGAAUUGCCCUUGAGUAAGUUUAGAUAACUUUCUUUCAUGACAAAAGGUGCAACUGUUGAAGUAUUUAGUGGGUCUCUACCUACUUGCAAUAGAUAAAUACUACUGAAAAGUUACAAUGUUAAACUUCAAACACUUCAAAGUAGAACAUUAGAAAUGUUGUGGCUUUGAUUGUGAAAAAGUGGCAGUAACUAGAACUAGACAACUAGAGUCCAGAAAUAUAGUAAAAAAUCGCUGUAGAAAGUGGGCCAAUGGUCAUGCGUAAUGCUGUAUCAGUAGUUAUAGAUUUAAUAUUAUAUUUUGUGACAUGAUUUGAAGCAGUUUCAUCUAGUCCAUAGCUGAACCAUCACAGUCUUUUAACAACUGUGCCAGUUAAAAAUUGUAGUAUUUGUCCUUCCUAGUUAGGCUUUGCAUUGCCAAUUAUUCCCCAUCGACACAACACAUUUUACCGAGCAUUCCUAUUUACUAACAACAGAUAUAUAAAUUUGUUAGGUUUUAUACGAACAUAUAUAAGCAAUAAAAUGGUGGUUGAAGCAUCAACAGGAAUUCUAGCUUUAAGUAGGAUUUUUUAAUGCCUGAACAAAAUCAUUGUAGGCUUUGUAUAAAGAUCAGUAUUUUAUUAAAAUUAUAAAUAAAUCUAUAUUAUGUUUUGAACUAAACAAUCGCUAGUUUUUUACAAUGUUUUUUAGAGCGUUAGAGGUAAUUGGAAAUAUUGUAAUUUAUAUUGAAAUUGAUUUUUUGUACAGGAAAAUUCAUAAAUAUGUGUAUAUCGUCACUACUUUAAAAAAAUCUCGUAUUUCACGCUGUUCCUCAAAGUUAAAACGCAG